UGAAGAAUUUAAAGUUAAAUUAACUUGCAAAAGUGAAACCAGGAAAUGAACUGGUUUUAAUACGACUAUAUUUCCCAGAUUAUGUUGUGACUGCAUCGAAAGAGCCUCCCGAUUGAGCUGCUUUGAUGACAAACACCUUCUUCACUCCUUCAACAUUGGUUAGUUUAGAUUACUGCAGGACAUGACACAUACUCAUCAGCUGCCAGUGCAUGAAAUCACAUGGAGGUGCUCUCGCGCUCACAUGACAGUCUGAACCAUGGCAGCAGAGAUCAAUGAAGGCUCAGUUCCUGCCUAUUACAGGGAAGUAUAUGAAGCCAUCCGCUCUAGGACAGAUGAGAGAGUGCAGGUUGAAGUUUUUCAGCGGUUGCUCCAAAGGACCGAUCUCUCCAAGGCGGUUUUAGGCCAGAUUGCUGAGCAUGUCGACUACACAGAUGGAUUCCUGAGCAAGUUGUCACUCUAUAAAGCGCUCGCCUUGAUUGCGCUUGCUCAGCAAGGAAAGCAACCAAGCCCCAAACUCUUGGAGAACUACAUACAAGAGUUACCUAAACCUCAGCUCGGGGAGCCGAGGGACCUGAACGCGUUGAGGAUGCAGCCGGCUCAGGAGGACGUUCUGACCAUGUCCCAGACGCUGGACAAACUGCUGGUCAGGGACACGGUCCAGCUGGAGCUCAUACCCGAGAAGAAGGGCUUGUUCCUCAAACAUGUGGAGUACCAGGUCACCAGCCAGCGUUAUAAAAUAUCUGUUUACCGGCGCUACAGUGAUUUUGAUGUCUUCCAUGAGGUUUUGCUUCAGAGAUUUGCCUACAGAGUUGUGCCAGCGCUGCCACCUAAAAGAAUGUUAAAGGGAGUCCUGACCUCCGUCUCGGAGCGUGAGUUCAUUGAAGGGAGGAGACGUGCUCUUGGCAGAUUCAUUAACCUGGUGGCACGGCAUCCCUUCUUCUCAGAGGACGAGCUGGUCAAGACCUUCCUCACCUUCAGUGGCUCCGAUGUUCAGACGAAGCUGCGUGACACUUACAAGAAAACCGGCGAUGAGUUCAUGACCAACAGAAUCGCAACCCAGGCGAAGGAAUAUCUCCCCGCUGACAUUCAGGCUCAGUUCUCAACAAGCAGAGAGCUGAUUAGAAAUAUUCACAACAGCUUCCAGAAGCUGCGGGACAGAGCUGAGAAAAUGGCAGAGCGCUCUAAGGAGAAUGCAACUGAUCUUCUCAUGUUUGGCAGAGAGCUCAGUACGCUGGGCUCAGAUUCUUCGUCUCUUCCCUCCUUGGCCUCCUCACAAAGCACCUGGGGGACCCUGCGUCAGUCUCUGAAGAGUCUGUCUGUGGAGUUCGCUGUGCUGUCUGACAAAGCUGCUCAGCAGGGCAGACGGGAAGAGGAUGAUGUUGUGGAAAAACUGAAUCUUUUCCUGGAUUUGCUGCAGUCGUACAGAGAUCUCUGUGAGCGCCAUGAGAAAGGCGUGCUCCACGAGCACCAGCGAGCUCUGCACAAGUACGGCAUGAUGAAGAGGCAGAUGAUGAGCGCCACAGUGCAGCCCAAAGAGCAGGCGUCUGUGGAGCAGCUGGAGUCACGAAUUGUUCAGCAAGAAAACGCCAUUCAGACCAUGGAACUGCGUAACUACUUCUCCCUGUUCUGCCUUCAUCAAGAGACACAGCUCAUCUUCAUCUACCUUCCUAUCACAUCCCACAUUCUGGGGGCCUUCGUUAACUCCCAGGUCCAAGGACACAGAGAGAUGGGAGCAGUGUGGAACGAACUCCAGCCGAAGCUCGGAUGUCUCUUUGGUGGUAAUAACGGAUUGAAACCUCCCAUCUGAGACCUAAAGGUGCAGGAGAGAAACACUGCCACUGAUGAGGAUCACUAACUUGCUCUGUGAGCUAAAGAAAAGUAUUCUAUUACAUAAUAUACAUUCCAUUCAAUAAGAGUAUUUAAUGUAAAUGAAUUCUCAACUUCUCAGCUUAUUGGUGUUUGACCAUCAACCAUGUAACUGGAAAAGACGGCUCAUAAAUCUGUCAUAUUAUGCUCUGCUUGAUGAGGAAAUAAUGUAGGAAGGAAAUGUUAUUAUACAAGGGACCAGUGAGGAUUGACAGUAUAUUCAUGCAGUCCAACUCAUUUCCUAAAGCACCUGUUUGUAACCUGUAAGAAGUUUUAUACACUAAAAUAGUUGAGGAAAAUUGAGAGUGACACAAAGUUUGAAUUUAUUAAAGGAUGGGAUUAUUUUAAAUCUCCAGUCAUGAAGGUUUUACUUAUUGAAUAACUUUAGACCAAUGUGUAUUUUUGAUACAGAUUUAAGUUCAUAAGGAUGUCUAGCAGCAUACUUUAUAUAUUUUAUGGACAAUUAUGCCUUUUACUUUUACAGUGUUUACUUUUUACAUAUUCGCUUCCUCUGCUUAACUCCCAAUAUUAUUUUAUAAGCUAUUUUUACAGGCCUACACUCAAAAGUGAACAAUACUACAAAGGGCAGAGAUUUGAGAUUUGUUGAUUUAAAAAUUACAACGUUUAGCAUGAGUGGCAUAAUGUCAAUAAUAACACUAUAAGAUAUUGAUUUACUACCAAAGAGAAAUGAUAUAAAUUCACACAGCGGUGCCAUAAAUCAUGUAACAGGAUUCCUACACUGUUCAAAUUUAAACAUUUAAUAAUCACCACCUUUAUUUCUUUAGUUUCACCAGAAGAUUUUUAGCCAUAUCACUUUAUAGAUGGAGGCUAUUUUCAGUUAGAGAAAUCCUAAUUUAAAUUUGUCUAUUAAUGCGUAUCAGGGCAAACAAGAUCUGGUUGAAUUCCCUUUCCUUUCCACUAGUAGACUUUCUACUUUUUUUUAAUAUUUGGCACAAAAACAAUCGUGCACAUUGUAUUUUUCUUAAAAACUAAUCAUAGGGACAGUUUGCCGUAUACAGUAUGGGCUCACGUUACCUCACAAACUGACAUCAUCUCAAAUACACCAAACUGACUGUUGAAAUGAAUGACGCCAACAUGCAAAUCAGGAAAUGUGCACAUAGUUCAACUUUUAUUUUAUAAAAGAAACAGUAACACUGUGCAUACAGUAUGAAACACACUUGUUUUGGCAAGAAAAAAAAUAUCAGGAAUGAAGUUAACUAACUUGCACAGAAUAUGAAAUCUAGUAAAAUUAUGACUGUAGAUAUUGUAAAUAUUUUAUUAAAGAAAUUGUGUUAAAUCAAUUAUCCUGAAAAUAAAAUAACAGAAUGGAUAUUUCUGUCAGUAUA